UACGUUCUCUCCUGUUACUAAACUCCAAAUAUUAGAAAGGGAAGAACAAAUUUUAACAGAAAGUAUACUUAUCAUAGAACCACACAAACAAUGGAUAUUAAAUUCAGUUAAUGAAAGAUAUUUUGAUAUGCUAUAUAAUAUAUAUAUAAGUAACAAAGAAAAAUCCAAUCUCUCAUUUUAUAUUGAUGGUUCUGUUUUCAAUAUAGGAAGCAAUGAUGUUUUAAUGGGAUCAGGAAUUGUACAAAUAGAGAACAAUAAAAUUGUAAAUGAGUACAGUGCUGGAGUUUCUCUUUGGCCAUCUUCAACCCAUACUGAGAUUUCUGCUUUUUUACUUGCAUUAUUAGUUUGCCCUGAGAAUGCAAAAAUAAAUAUUUAUACUGAUAGUCAAACAACAAUUAAUACAUAUACAUAUCUUACACAUAAUGAAAUGAAAACACAUUCAGGAAACAAAUGGAAUGAAAAGGCAGAUAAAUUAGCUAAAACAGGAACAAACAAGUUUCCAAUAUCCAUUAAAUUUGAUAAUUUUAGUUAUCAAAAGUAUAAACUUAUGUGGAACAAUUUACCAGUAGAUGAUCACACAAGAUCUUUUAUUAAGAAAACGACUGAUGCAUUCAACUAUCAAAAUUGGAAAAAUUUAAAAAGAAACAAAAAUUUUAAUAAUGAACAAUAUGAAUCUAUUGACUGGCAGAGUACUUUUGCUGCAUUAAGGGGUCAUAUCAAAAAACGUUCCUUUCUAACUUCCUUCAAAUUAAACAAUCAAAAAGCAUUUAGAGUAAAAAUCUUUCAAAAUGAACUCCCAAUCAUGGAAAAUCUAAAAAAAAGACGACCAGAUUUAUAUUCUUCAAGACAUAUGUGUAAAAGAUGUGAAAGAUAUCCAGAAAUAUUAUCACAUCUUUGGAAUUGUGAAGAAGUAUAUGAUGUCAUUAAAAUAAUUAGUAUCACAAUCACUAACUAUUUCAAAAAGAAAUUAAUUAAAUAUCUUUCUGAAACUAACACUGAUACAAUUAAUAUGGUGUUCCAAUACUGUAUAAAAUAUUUUAAAACAAUCAAACAAUUAGAAGAUGUUAAUGAACACAUAUAUAUAGAAAUCAUCAAAGAUAAAAAAUUUAUCUUAUCUGAUAAAAUAUAUACAUGGGAUAAUAAAGGUUCACUUGAUGAUUUACUAAGUGGAUAUAUAACUUUGGAUUUAAUACAGCAAUUAUAUAAAAUUGCAAGAUCUAACUCAAAAGCUAGAAAACUAGCAAUAUCUUUAGCAAACAUUGUUAAUAAAGAACUAUUUGAAAAAAUCUGGAUUGAACAAAAUAACUGGGAAAAAGAAUAUGUACCAGAUUGGAUUCUAGUGAUAACAAAUCAUAUUAGAUUUGGAAAAAAUAAACUAGAUUUUUAUUUUUGUUCAUGA